AUGCAGCCUCGUGCACCAAUUAUUACAGAAGCUAGGAUUGUAUCUGAAGCUGGCAAACCUUUCUCGACUGAAUGUAACUUCACAGCUCCCGUCAACCUGGUGACUCCUCCAUCUGUGGAGUGGCUGAGUCCAUCUGGGGUGGUCUCCAGUAACAAGACCCUCUCGUUUCCUCUGCUAAACACGUCAGAUGGAGGGCAGUAUACCUGCAGAGUCAACUUCUCAAUACCUUCUCUGGGUAUAUCUGAGAGUGGCAGUGGAACUACUCGUCUCAUAGUCCAGAUUCCAGCUCCAACAAUCACCAUUGUGAAAGAAUAUACUCCAUACAAUGGGACGAAGUUCAAUAUGACAUGUACUGUGGAGGUGGAUGUGGCUGUGGAUACUGACAUCACUAUCAACAGUGAAUGGGUGCUACCUCAGCACGUGAACAAUAGUGGCACCAUAUCCAACAUAUCGAAGACAGAAACAAAGAAGUUAAGACAGAUUCACACUCUAAUAUUCAGGCCACUUCGUGGAGAGGACAAUGGGACGUAUACUUGCAGAGCAGUCAUCCAGCCAAUGCUAAGAGAUGAUAAAAAAUAUAUUAUGGGAGUUUCGGCUAAUGAGACAACUGAUGUCAUUGUUUCGAGGUCUUCAGAGGCCACUGUCAGGAUUACCCUCCAGUCCUCCACUGGCUCAGGGAGGGCCGAGGAAUGUCUGAGUGUGGACUUCGGCGGCCAAGAGGCUGACGCAAUCUCCUGCCUCGCUGGUGUCACCAAUAGUUUGCUGAACCCCCACACUGUGAACACUGAUGGGACCUUCACCUGCAGUGUGUGUAUCAAUAUAAAGGAGGCCAGAAUAUCGAACUACUGUAGCAGUAAGACAGUGACAGUCAGUGGCGAUGUGCCGGGAGAAAUCAAACCAACUCUCAUCAACAAGACUCCUGAUGAAGUCACCAUUAGCUGGGUCUCCUCUGCUGCACCAUUCUCAAUACUGGAGUACAUUGUGUUGGUGGAGAGACAAAGAGACUCCUUAUGUCUACACUCUGUUCCCAAGGUGCCUCCCCACAAUGUGAAGGUGGAGCGGAUCAACGGGACAGCAAUGAUGGUGUCAUUUGGCAGACUGAGUCUGGUCGAGGCCAGGAGAGUCAACAUCUACUACUUCAUCUCCUACUCCCCCUCUGGAGGGACGAGGAAGAGGCAGGGGGGAGAGAGAGAGGGUCCUGUGGAGGGAAAUACAACAGUUGUGACUGGCCUUGACCCCAGCACCGGGUACGACGUGUCUGUCUUCACUGCCACUGAUGAACAGGGGAACAACCAGCAGACUCCCUCAGAUAAAAUGACUGCUCCUCGUCCACGAACUUCUGAACCACCAGGUGGUGGUAAUGCAGGAGCCAUCAUUGGUGGAAUAGUGACAGCUCUGCUGGUGGGCAUCAUUGUAGUGGCCGUCAUUAUAGUGGUCCUCUGGAUAAAGAGAGCGAGGGAUAGAGAUAGGCUCCAGCUGUUCUCCAAGAACAAGAGGGACCUGUAUGCCACGCCCUCUGCCGGGAGCGAGAUGGUAACGCUGCGCAGCACGUCUCCCAACGAGAGUGACGAGGCCAGGAAGAAGGAGAUAGAGGCCAGUAAUGAGGUGGAGAGCUUUUCCCCCGUCCCUGUCCCCCAGACUGUCGUGGCUGAUCGUUUGAAGCCCAUCUCCGUGGACAGUUUCAGAGACCAUGUCAACAAGAUGCAUGAGGAGAGAGACAAGGGAUUCGAGGCAGAGUACCAGUCUCUGGGGUCUGAGCCGCUGGCCUCACACGAGGUGGCCAAGAGACAACACAACAGGGUCAAGAAUCGCUUUGCAAACAUCUUCCCCUACGAUGAGUCUCGUGUCAAGCUGGGAGAGAUUCCUGGAGAGGAAGGCUCUGACUACAUCAAUGCCUGCUGGAUGGACGGCUACAACCGGUCCAGUGUCUACAUUGCUGCUCAAGGUCCAAUGCCAAACACCAUAGCUGACUUCUGGAGGAUGAUCUGGGAGUACAAGAUCCAGCACAUUGUAAUACUCACCAAAUGUCUGGAGGCCGGGAGGGUGAGUCAUGCUCUAGGUCUCACUAGUACAUAA